GUGAAGUUUGUUUCACCUUCAGACGCUGUUAACCUCGUGAAAACUGUGGUUAGAGUAAACUUCAGAUUAGUGGUUAUAGAGGUAACUGGUUAAAAUUGGGAUUAAGGUCGUAAACUGGUGAAUCCCUGGUUAAAACGAUUGGUUGUUGUUAAGGUCACAGUUAGCCUCAUCUUGAAGUAAUUGUGAAGCUGACUUCUACCCAGUAGCGACCCGGGGUCUCAUGGUUGACGCUGAUCCCCGAACAGUUGAAUGAGUGGAUUUUAAAGUGGAAACCAGUUUGAAUGGAUUUGUUGUGUCCGGUAGAAGAAACGUGUGUUUAACCCGGUGGUUUCCGGCUUCACAUUCUGAGCAGAGCAGCGUUUAACCCCGGGCUCGGUCAUCCUGAAGGCGAACUAGCGGCUAACGUUAGCACCGGGAGCAAGAAGCUGAUGACCGGACUCUCUCCGCGGUCCAAACAUCAUGCUUCCCCGGGCGGGUAAAGAGUUUUUGGUGCGGAUACAGUUCUUCUGGCGGCCGCUCUUCCAGGGCCGGUACCUGCUGCUCACCAACACCCUGAGCGGAGGAAUCAUGCUGUCACUGGGAGACAGUCUGCAGCAGAGCCGGGAGAUCCGCAAAGAGCCAAAAACAGUCAGAGACUGGAAGAGGACAGGUUCCAUGUUUGUGGUGGGCUGCUCCAUGGGUCCAGUGCUGCACUACUGGUACUCCUGGUUGGACAGAUUCUACGUGGGCAGAGCCAUGCACACGGUUGGCAAGAAGGUUCUAGUGGACCAGCUGAUCGCCUCACCAACAAUCGGGUUGUGGUAUUUCUUAGGUAUGGGCCUCACGGAGGGACACACUUUAUCCGAAGGAUGGGAGGAGUUCAGAGAGAAGUUCUGGGAAUUUUAUAAGAUGGACUGGUGUGUCUGGCCUGCCGCUCAGAUGAUCAACUUCUAUUACCUCUCACCCAAAUACCGUGUCGUGUAUAUCAACGUGAUCACGUUAGGGUGGGACACCUACCUCUCCUACCUCAAACACAGAAAUGACAGUCCACACACUCACCUGACGUCAGACAGCGGCGCUGUGGAUUUACAGCAGGAUGCGUCCAAACCUCCUGAGGAGAAGACUUAGAAACAAUGUUCGUGCUCCGCUCUAAGGUCAAAAGAAGGUUUUGGGCUGUUUUUGUGCGUUAAAUCUUCUUUUCCUCCUUUGCAAAAUGCUGUGAGCGUUGUGUGCACCACAGUUGGGGAGACUCUGACGGCCUUUUUCCUCCGACUCGCCACUUCUCCCCUUGAACCGACCGUGUGUUUGUCUGGACUCAGCGGAGAUGUGGAUGCUGGAGAGUUUGAACACUUGAACUUGCUGAAGUAUAAAUGUGUCUCUGCUCAGUUUGUAUGUGUUUGUGACCUAAUGAUGUGCACUCCUAAAGUAGCAAUCAGGGAUGAAAUGGCUCUUUCACUGCCCUAAACCAUUGCAGUCAAAUCUAACUCCCACUUGUUGAGGGUGGUUGUAGUGGGAAGCUCGCAAAUCCAGCAGAUGUUUCCAAAACCAGUAUCAUCUUUGUUGUGUUGUUACACACAAAGCUUCAAAGUGCCCGAAAUCAAUUCAAAGCAACUGCUCUUGUUUUUUUAUUAUUAUGCUGUUUUUAAGUUUCUGCUUUGACAUGAAAUAAUAAUCAUUAUUCAUGUGGAGCAGCUAAUGACCAAUUACUUUAAUUUUAACAUGAUGUGCUUUACUUUGUAUCUCCAACAGCUAAUUUAUACAUGAAGAGCUUUUAGUUUUGGCGGGUCAGAUGAUCAAUCAGUUUAUGUGAUGAAAUGAUGUCGUGAAAGUUUUAGUCUGUGAAGAACUUGUCAUCCACUCACGCAGCACUCUGAUAGGACGCCUAGCUCCAGGUCGAGCCUCCAUUCAAGCCUCCGUCCUUUGUGCGAUUGUUGACAUGAAGCAUUUACGCACAUUUGUUUGUUGUACGUUCAUGCUGGGAAUCUAAAGUAUUCUCCCACACCCUGAAUUUGUUGAUUCAGAUGAGGUGACUGGAGCCUUGCACUGAAAUAAACUUUUCAUUAAACCAGUUUGCGCAGCUAAAGAAACCUGUUCAGAGAGAGAGAGAGAGAUGACGCAAAUUGUUUUUGUUUUCCAGUCUUUAACGCUCUGUGUUGCUGAGCCACUUCUCCCUCAGAUUUAUGUUCUGAACCCAACAUGGUCUUCUGACGCCGCUGCACAUCCACCUCAAGGUUUGUGUUUUCUGAGAUCCUUUCUGCUCAUCACGGUAGAACAGAGUUGCUAUCUGGGUGACUGUAGCUCUUUUUGAAUUAAGUUCUUUUUCGCUGUAACGAAAUUCUAUUGAUUCGAUCCUAUAGAGGUUUUCAGUGCCGAUAGGAUACUAUUUGAACUUCAGAGAACAAAACCCAGAACUGUCUUGCUACUAUGUACUCCAUCUCUUUGUUGUAAGCUUGGUUUAUUCGUCUCGUAUCCUAUCCUGUCAUACCCGUGUUAUGUCAGAGGGCGGCUGUAAUUACCUCUAAAUUACCUGGAAACUGUAGAUGGUGGUUUUGGUCCAGUUUUGACUCGUAUCCUUUUAGAAGAUGGUGUAAUAACAUAAAACUGGAACUCAAAUCUUACAGAAGAACAUUAUAAAGCUGUGUAACUGGUUUCUUGGCUGCAGGUUGUUAAAUGAUGUUUAAAGGAAAUCUAACAGUAACAGCACUGUUAAAUGGGUCUGUUGUAUGUGCUGGACCUUUAGCCAGGAGGCCACUGACACCAGCAAAUGUUUAUUCGUUUUUUUGUAUUUAAAGUAAGAUUCAUACAUAUUUGAAACAUUUAUUCGAAAUGCGUUGACUUAUUGGGUUACAUUAACCCCAGUGUCAGAGCUUAAAAGCAUCAAAAAUCAUUGCAUUCAUGGAAAGCACAGAACCCCCCCCCCCACCUCCCACAUAUUAUUAUGGGUUAUGAUUUUCACUAUUUAGAAAUAAAGCAGCUGCUGGAAAUCUUUGAAAUUAGGGGAAUUUGUAUUGUUGUAUUGUUAAUCUUUUUUAAUCAUACUUGACCUUCGGCGGACGGCUCUGGCAGCUAGCGCGACAAUAUUCCUUUGAGCAACGGCAGCUAGAAGCAGUAAUAAUGCUGCAUAAGAAUUAUUAUGAUAUAAGUAUGCUCCACAGGAAGAGAGAAAUACAUUUCUGUGUCCAAAACUAUUAAGUGACAGCAACACACACAGAAGAUCAACAUUAUGCCCUGAAGAAAACUGAUGUGCUCACUGUGGUUGAUGUUUAAAAAAACGGAUGUGCUCACUGUGGUUGAUGUUUAAAAAACUGAUGUGCUCACGGUGGUUGAUGUUUUCGACAUUAGGCAUCAGUCUCCCCCUCAUCUGUCACCGCUUCUCAAACUGAAACACAUGUCAAACACAGAAUAGACAUUAAACACACAGUAGCAGUCGAGCUGAAAUCUGCAGGUUCAGAGUAAAACUUUCCCUCAGACUUCCGAAUAUACUCAGAAACACUCUUUUGUUGGAAAAUCCCAGGAGACCCAGCAGAUUCACAAAUCCUUAAACUAGCCCGACUCAGAUCAAGUAGUUUUUUCCCUGGUUGGGAUAUAUGAUGUGAACAUUAACUAUCUUAACUGGCAGCUGCAUUAUUUCAUGCAUUGUGCUGCUGCCACGUGAUUGGCUUGUUGCGUGGCUGUUCCUGGUAAAGUGCUUCGUGGGUGUAUGUUUAAUUUUGUUGACAUUUAUAAUGCUGCUACUGUUUUCAUGUAUUUGCUGUAAAUUUCACCUGUUAUUCGCCUCCUGUGUCUUUAGCGUACGAAUUAAGAAUUGUUUGAAAAGUUAUUUGAGGUGACUUGAAAUUUACCAAAUCCUAAUAUAAAAUAAAUUCAAGAGAAAUUCUGUUUUCA